GACCCGGAGGUGGCCGCGCCCUGAGCCGCCGAGCGCUGACCUUCCCCUCCCGCGCCGGCUCGCUCGGGUGGGCACCUCAUCCACCGCCCUCCGCAGCCUCCGGGGCAAGGGCCAGGUCCGGGGAGCAGUGGGGCAGACAUGGCGGACCCCGAGGCUGCGGCCGAGGACCUGGACGCCCUCAUCGACGACCUGGACUACCUCCCGGGCCACUUCCACCUAGAGAUGCAGCUGAACUUCGAGCCACGCUCGCCGGCCUCGCUCCGCGCCCGAGACCUGAAGCUGCAAAGGGAUGGCCUGCAGCAGGAGCUCGAGCUGGCUGCUGCCCCGCAGCGUGCGGCGGUGCGCCACCUCCUGGGCACCUUUGCCUUCUACCUGGAAGAGGUGGAUGAAGCCCGAGAGAGCUUCCUCGAGGUGGCCCGUGAGGACCCGGGCAACCUCAACGCCUGGGCCAAUCUGGCACACGUGUACGGGCGACUAGGGCAGGAGGAAGAGGAAGAGGCUUGUGCUGGGAGGCUGGCCAGCCUCAUGGGCCUGGCGGCUGACCCCAAGGCCGAUGGGGACCCCCAGCUCCGAGCCGCACGCUGCCUGGCGGAGCAGGGAUAUGCACACGGCUUUGACGUGGGCUGUGCCAGCCCAGAGGAGCACGCGCGGGUGCUGGCGGCGGGCAUCGCACUCUAUGACAAGGCGCUGAGCUACGGGCAGCAGGCUCGCUCGCUUGACAGGGGACAGGAUUCAGUCCUCACUGGCUGUGCCAGAGGCCUCCCUCAAACCCUUGCCAUGAGGACAUCCCAUCAUUUUUGCUACAUUCUGUUCAGGAGAAAGGAGGUUUCGCCCUCACCCAAAGGGAGGGGUUGCACAGGACACGGGUAUCAGGAGGUCGGGAUCACUGGGGCCAGCGCAAAGAUCCCCAUGGAGGAGAAAAGGGGCUGGUACUUCACCAUGGCAACGCUUUUCAUCAGGCUAGAUGGCAUCUUCCUGGAGCUGGGCAGUGAGGAGCAGAAGAGGCUGCCCACCUUCAACCGCACACUGGCCUUGCUGCGGCAAGUCCUCAAGUCCCCGGACCCCCACUACCGAGCUCUGGCCUGGUGCUACCUCGGAAUGCUGCUGGAGAGGAAGGACUCCUUCUCCACCACGCCCAUGGGCAUCCACGACUGCGGGUUCUCAGGGACCGACCCCCUGGACUGCUUUGGCAAGGCCAUUGAGAUUGCCAAGGACCAACCCCCAAUCCUGAAUCGCCUGGCCAAGAUCUUCCACUUCCUAGGAAAACAGGACAUGGCCAUUGGCACCUGCAACAUGGCCCUGGAUGUCCUGCGGGAUCCAGAGCUCAACUGGCAGGCGUAUUGCACGAGGGCCAAGAUCCACAUCAGAGCCUACCUCCAGGACCUGGAGCGGGUCAAGGUGGGGCUCGGAGGCAUGCCUGACAGGGACCACCUGACCUGCGCCAAGGCGGACCUCGAGGAAGUGGUCAAGGUGUGCCCGGGUCUCAAGACGUACCUGGACAUCGGCCAGGUCUACUACUACAUGGGUGUGGAUGCAAUGCAGGAGCUGCUGGCAGUGGAUGAGGCGGCGCUGAACCAAGCGCUGGUCUUCUUGGCCAAGGCCGGCGAGUCAGAGCUGGGCGCCACGCUGCCUGAGCUGCAGCUGCUGCGAGGCAAGUGCCUGCGCAUCAAGGGCGAGGAGGCCAACGCUGCGGCCUGCUUCAAACGUGUGGUGGAGCUGGACGACAGGGGCUCCAGCCACACCGAAGGCUUCGGCUGCCUGCUGGAGGCGCUGCUGGCGCAAUGGAGCCAGGCGCAGCUGAGCGAUGGCGAGCUGGCCCACGAAGUGGACGUGUGGCUGCGCUGCGCCCAGGACAAGUAUCCGGCGGUGCGCCUGCGCCAGGAGCUGCAGCGUGUGUGGCGCGGCCACACAGACGAGGUGCUGGGACUGGCCCGGGCCUUGGUGGACCAGGGACGGCUGUCAUUGGUGCGGCUGCUCUUCGAGACCAUGGAACACGAAGGCGAGGGCACGGGGGCACCGCGGGGCCGCCGAGCGUUCUCCUUCUGAGGGACCCCAUCAAGGGCUCCUCCAUCAGAGUCAAUCAGCUUCUCUGUCAGGAAUCGGAAUGGGGACCUUGAGACAGUAGGGCAGUUUGACAUGCCCAGGGAGGUAGAAGGUGCCUGGUUCAGAAACUGCCAAUUAAAGGACAGAAUUGGGCAAAUGUGCAGAGAACAUAAGAUGGCUGCGACUCUCCUGACAGAUACAUCAGAUAACCGUCUCCAUUUUGGCGGUUUUCUAGUUUGUGGUGCAAUUCCUGAGCCCGCAGUGUCUGUGGAUUCCCAUGAGCAACGCUACCCUAUAUCAAAGCCCUUACUGAAGUUGACUGGAGUGGGUGUCAUAGGCCCUUCGGGCCAGAAAGCCAUGGCUAGAGUGGAGGGCAAAGCUGCACAGCGAGCAGGUAAGGGGCAGGGCAGCGGCCCACACCCCUGUGCUCAGGCCUCUUCCCUACUUGGCUGGCCAUCUUCCAGAGGCCGCAUCUGUGCUCGGUGUGGUCUGCAAGGGUCCCAGUCAAGGAAUGAAGCCCACCAUAGACUUCCCUGUCCUGGGAACCUAGAGACCCACCCAUCAGGCAAUGCCACCUGCUCCCAGUCUUGAACCUUCCACAACAGAGUGAAAAAUAACUUGAAAUUUUACUCUCUUGGAAUCUUAGACUUAGAGCCUUAACUGUGGAAUUUUAUUGUCAAAGACUUAGAGUCUGGUUGCCACCAAAUCUUGGAAUGGCCAACCUGGAUUUUUGCGGCCCUGCCUACAGGAACUACUUAGCGUAAAAUUCCAGAUUAGGUUCUCGCCAGACCCCAGGAAAGCCAGUUGCACAUAACUGCAAUGGCGAGGCCCCGUGGUGGUUUGUGGUCAGUUUUGCAUUUGCUCCUUUCUUUAGAGCGUUACACUCACUGCUUUCCUCAUAUUUCUGAUCCUCAGAUAGUGACCAGGGAUAGGCCAGCACCCCAGCAUGGCUUCUCACAUCUCCGGUGACAGAGGGAGAGCGGGCUGAGAGGUGCGGUCCUGAGAGGCCGCACGUCCCCAAACUCCUGUUGUGCGGACGGGAGGACUGAACCCUCGCAGGGACAUGGCUGCCCAAGGUCACACUUCACACUUCUUAGCCUCUCGUCCUUUGUACCUUAGACUUGCCGUCAGCAUUUUUCAGGUUUGGAAAAACGCUAAUACACUGAUGAACACCAAAGCAUUAAGUGCUUAUGUGUGUCGCCGGUCACAUGGGGCACUGAUAUCCAUCGGGGUGAAGCUCUAGCGCUGAUGUUAGUGUUCCAGGCACCUGUGAGAUCGGGACAGUGAGGCCACCCUAGGGUCCCUAAAUUCCACCUCCUGGCUCCUCGUGGCUCAGCACUUGGGCAAGUAACAUGCUCUCCCGCCUUCCUCUCACCUCCGCUGUCGCAGAGUCCCGGACGUGACUCCACAGCACACGCAGCCCUGUCUAUUCCUCCCUCCACCCCUCCCACACCCACGAUGGGAAACCAUCCCUUUCUUCUGCUUCCUCACGCAAACUGAGGUCCAGGUGGUUUGCUGGCACAACUAGGAAGUCGGUGAGGUUUUUCUGCUCCUCCAGGCUUCCCAGUUUGUUUCCUUUCUUGCUUUUCCUGUCCCCGAGGUAAUGCAUUUCUCCCUCCAUUGCUUCCUCCUCCUGGAACACCUUUUCUGACAAUCUCAUGCACACGACUCACAUAAAUGACUAAUAAGCACCCGCUAGUCUUGGGGUAAUCGCAUAUUGACCAAAAGACAAAAAGAGAUAGGAAACCCCAUUUCCAGGACAUAUCCUAUGUGCUAGGGGCUUCACACAUGGGGUUGUCUCAGCAGCCCUGGGGAGUAGCAUUCGAAUCCCCAUUUUACAGAUGAGGACGCUGAGACACUGACCAAGGUCUCGGGUAGGUAUGGGAAGAGCCAGGAUCUGGACCAGACCUGCCCAGUUCUGUGCUGCCUCCUGGAACACAAUUCUUCCUGGGAGAAGUGUCAUCUGCGGUCCAGAGUUGGGUCUGCGAUCACGAACUUGAACUGUCCCUUUGCCCCAUCCCUUCCUCCAGUGCACUGACUCCUUGUUCCCAAACUGCUUUUCCUCUGUGACUUUGUACAUCCUGUUCUCCCACUGGCUUUUUCCCUAUGAUUUCCAUCCGAAGAGCUAGGCUCAGAAAUGCCUCCUCCAGGAAGCCUUACCAGAUCCUCCCGGUUCUCAUUAAUCACUCCCUUUUAUGCAUGGACAGCUCUCAGGCCUUGUGUCGCACGGCGUUGGGUUGCUUCCUUCUCCUUGGGUCAUAAUCCUGCCAACAUGUCUGCAGCCCACCCCUGCCCCAGUUGACUUCUUUACAGCAGGAACUAUACCCGAUUGAGCCCCAGGGCCCUGCACUGAGCUUGGCACCGAGACAGGCUCCGUGUGGGUGAUUGAAGUGAGUGAGCUCACAGCAACGAGGCUGCUAACGCAGUCGCACACAGGUGACUCCAUCACCAGGUCCACAGGCCUGAGGCUGGGGCCAGGUCUACAGCCCAAUGAUCCUUGAGGCCCAAAAACUCAACCAGAAAACAUGGACUUUUCCCCCUCCUCCUCUCCAGCCUUAGGCCAGUCCUUUAAUUCUCCAAUUGGGAAACUAAGGGCCAGAUUGGGAAACUGAGACGAGAAAGCAGGGACUUGACCAAGGUCAAGCCAUGAACUGAUGACAGAUUCAAACUUGAACUCCACUUCCAGACUCCUGGGCAGGUGUUCUCUGCCCUUUUAGGGCUGCUUCCUUUGCCAAGUUUACUUCUAUCAGGUCCAAGAGGACUACAGCCCUUCCAUUCCUUCACUCAGCUAGUACGUACUGUGCACUGGUGGAAUUCCAAGCAUGGUUCCAAGUUCUGAGGCUCCAGUGGAGAACCAGGUAGGCCUGCCCUUCCCCUCAGGGAGCUCGCAGGCUAGACCUCGCACAGCAGCUUAUGCGUGGCCUUGUGGGCUGCAGGGGAUACUUGAACGGAGACUAAUGGGAAGCUAUGGAGGGUUUUAGCUGGCAGAGCCGGUUACCCGUCCCCUCUACACCGGUCAUUCACAGUCUGUGUCAGUGGCCUUUCCCCAGCCCAGUGCCGGGGAGAGGACAGCUGUCCCUGGGGCUCCGAACCUGGUCUUUGGCCAUCCCUCUCCAGCAAGCCACUGCUGAGGCCAGACCUCACUGUCCCCCAGGACUGUGGCUCAGGCUAGUUCCAGGAGGCUAGUGGAUGGCUGAUCUUUAUUUAAUUACAAUUUGGAGCCCUGCAGAACACCCCUGCCCACUGGGCAGCUGGGAGAACAACUGUCUGUCACACGGCUGAAGCAGCGGGAGAUCCUUAGGGGAGCACUGCAGAGUAAAAGCCUUAAUGACCCCAUAAUCAGAGUAAUGAAGACAAAUCACACCUCGUGCUGUCUGCCCACUCCUUCCUCUGUACCUAGGAGCCAACAUCAGGCGGCUAGAAACUCCUGUUCAGCCAGUGGGCGUAAGGCAUGUUAAAGGGAAGCAGGUGAAAUUUUUCAGUCACAGUUUUCCAGAAUCUCAGAGUUGGAAAGAACCCUGGUUAUCACCUCUCCCAGCCUCUCCAUACAAAGCAGGACUCCUCUCAGCAGUGAUUAUUCUGAAAGAAGGGUCUAAACCACUUGCAUACCUCUGGCAGACAAGCAGCUCACUACCUACUGAAGGAAUUCAUCCAUUUUCCAACCAGUCUAUAUUUUGAGUUUGUCUUUCUAUCGAGUUGAAAUCCUCUUUUCUAUAGUUUUUAUCUUCUGAUUCAAGUUCAGCUGCUGGGGCCACACAGAAUAUACCCUAAGAUGUAUGGUAACCUUGAAUGAGUUACUUUCCUCUGGCCCCUAUUCCCUCUUUCUCUACUGGCACCUAUAGUGUUUGAGUUGUUCAGAAGGUGGCUGGCUACUCCGCUAAGGGCCAGACAGGGCUCUGAUCCGGCUUCCAGCUGCCAGCGCCCAGCCCAGAGCCUGCACAGAGUGGCGCUAGCAGCUGGAAGCAGAACAGAACAGGGCUCUCCCAUCCCUAAUCGGCCCCCUAGGGAGCACCCUGUGUGGAUGAUGGUGGCUGGAUGCCAAAUGAAGUGAAAUAUCUCCUUUCCUCAGGCUGUUAACUUUUUUCUUGUUUAAGGAAAGGGAGGAUAAUGACAUUUAGCACUUUACAACUCAGCAGUAAAAUGAGCAGAUGGAAACACAUCCCCAGCAUGGCGGGCGUGCUUCCAGCAAGAAACCCUCCCUAGCUCUGUGGGGCUGAAGUCAAUGGCAAGGCUUGCAGCUGGGUGAGGACACAGGCCGCUCCCUCCUUCUCCACAGCCGCUCCCCACAGGCUGCGUAGGCUCUGCCUACCCUCGCUGCCCGCUUCCUGCCUGGAGCACCAGUAUGAACUCUCUCAUUCUGAUGGGGGGCUGGAGGGAGGGUGCUCUCGGCACGCAGUGGUGAGCAAAACCUGUGGAGCCUCAGAAAGGCUUCAGCUGGCCUCUAGGUGGCCACAAAAGAACAAUUUGAGCAGGGAAGGUUCCCGCAGGGAGGUCAAAGAAAAUCAUAUUCAUCUUGAUCACCACCACAACUUACUGAGAAGCUGCCAUGGGCUAGUGCCUGUGGUACAUGUUUCACAUGCCUUCACUUCACUGAACCACCCUCAUAAGCCCAUGAGCCAUGUAUCAGCACUGCCUCCCUUUUACAGAUGAGGAAACUGACUAACAAAUGGCCUGUUAACUGUGUGAGGUUUUGAGGUUUUGAUUCGUUUCUCUUCUAUCACAUGUGUUGCUGUAUAGACUAAACACAAAAAAAUUAGAAUGUAUUUUUCAUGUUUAUGUUUCCGAGCCUGGCAAUCGCUCUGUGGUAGGGCUUGUUCAAUGAUGGCAUGUAAAUUGCUUCAUUAACCUGCAGCUCCUCUGUGAGUUUUA